AUGGAUUAUAAUUGUCGAUAUUGGAGCGUUUUCCAUUGGAAAGCAAAAAAUUCGCCAUGCAUUUCAUCGAUACAAAACAAUGUCGGACAAGAUUUCGUUGUGACUUACCUGGAAAGCGAUCAUAAAGUGGAUAGCGUAGGUAUGACCGUUAUUGCGGUUAAAACUACUGAAAUAAUUAUCCUAACUGACGACGACGAAGCUUAUAAAUUUGAACUGGAAGCUGGGGCAUCGAAAACAUUAACAUUAUCUCGUAAUCGUCGCCAAAGUGGUGCGACAAUAAGCUCUAAUGUGGUUCAAGUUAGUGCGACUGAGGAUAUUAUAGUUUAUGGUAUGAAUUGCGUCUUGUCACCUUCAGAUGGAUUUCUUGCUUUACCAACGACUUCACUCGGAAAGGAGUAUGUCAUUGCCAGCUUUAAACCAACUUCUGCAUCACAAUUCUCUAUUACAGCUGUAGAAGAUAAUACUCUGAUCAAUAUUAGCUUAGUGCAGUCUCCUGAUAAGAAUUCUCAAAGAUAUCAACAAAUACAACUUAAUCGGCUUCAAACAUAUCAUUUCAAGGACGAACACACUGAUUUAACGGGAAGUAUUGUAAAUUCUGAUAAGCCUGUUGCAGUAAUAAGUGGCAAUAAAUGUGCUCGAUUGACGCUAAAUCAGGAGCACUGCAAUUUUAUUGUUGAACAACUAUUGCCAGUUAAAGCAUGGGGUAAUCACUUCAUUAAUGUUCCUGUUCCGGGCGAAGAACAUAGUCAGGAGAAUAUCUUUCGUCUUAUUAGCGCUUUUGAUGGGACCAAUGCCAAUAUUACUAUCGCAGAUACAACCAAGAAGGUAACAAUUAAUAGAGGGCAUUAUCACGAAUUACAUGUUCCAUCCGACGCAGAUUUUCAUAUAACGACGUCAAAGCCUUGCUCAGUUAUGCUAUACAUUAAGGGAAUACCGGGAAAGAAUGGGUUUUCAAGGCCUGUCCUGAUGUCUGUAAUUCCUACAGAACAAUUUUCAAGUGGACAAUUGUUAAGUACCAUCGGCGUUUUUGAUAAAAGUGUAACGAAUUAUAUGGCUAUAAUAACAACAAAUAAUGCCACAAGUUUAAAAAUGGAUAUGCUGCCCUUGUCAAAGGGAUUGAAGUGGAGUAAAAUUAAUAAUCGGUAUUAUUCAACUUUAUUCAAGAUCCCUCAAGGUGCACAUUUACUUCAUCAAACUCUUCCUACAGAAAAGCUAACGACCUAUAUAUUCGGAAUUGGCCAGGGAACAUCAGUUGCUUAUCCAGCAGCUACAAAUGUUAUGGCAGUAUCGAGAAACUGUGUUCCAACUGUGACCCACGCAGCAGGAAAUGAUAUCGACGACGAUUGUGAUGGUAUUAUCGAUGAGGAAUUACAAAACAACAUCGAUGAUGAUGGUGAUGGCCUUAUUGACGAAGAUUUAUAUGCCACGUCUCCGGAUCUUCAAUUGGACAGCGCUCUACAUUUGCAGUCUUGUGAUAUUCAUUCGACAACCAAGGAUACUUACGACAGUAAAACUUUUAAUUAUUCAAUCAAUUCCAAGUGUGUUCUGUAUGGCAGUUCAGCUUUUUCUUUAAAGAAAGUUGACAGUAAUAAACUCACUUCACGUUGCGGGAAUAGCCUUAUAAGAGAAUGGAUUUUAACUGAUGCCUGUGGUAUGACAGUACGAAAAAGUCAGCAAGUCCAAGUUUUACUCCCUAUUAGUAACAAAAUUACUCUACCGCAAAAUUUUAUUGCGAAAUGUUCUAGUGAUGUGUCUCCAACAGUAACUGGCAAGCCUUCUGUUAAUACAUCUGUCUCGUGUAAGGACGUUAAAAUUCCGGAUCCAUCUAUAAAUUAUAUCGAUAGAGUAGAGAGAUCUUCGUGCGAUGAAGUUAUUUACCGUAAAUGGAAUAUCAACUAUGAAAUGUUUUGUGGGGAAAAUAUAAGCCAUACUCAAGAAAUCCGCUUAGUUGGCUAUAGAGCACCUAUUCUACCGCAAAUUAGAGAUCUUAACGUCAGUAAGAAUGCGAUAGGCGUAUUUUGGUCGGUCAAACCAGAUGAGACAAAUUGUGUGACGGAACUGUUAUGCCAGUAUAAACCUGCAGAUAGUGAUGAAGCUAAAUCUCGUCAAGUUGAUAAAUCAGUGAAUCCCAUUUACCUUACUAAGUUAUUACCUAAUACCACCUAUAUUAUUAGUAUGUAUACCAUUACCAAAUGUGGUCGAAGCCACACUCCUGUAGAAGAAGUUAUUACUACACUUGUUGAUGGUGAAAAAUAUACUACGGUGACUACACCAUACACUGAAAGCAGCACAGCAUCAGAUCCGGCAACCACUCCAGCAACAACUAUGACAUCCACCGAUAAAAAGCCGGGUGAAUUGACUGGUAAAACCACCGUUCCUAAUCCUACAAGUAAAAGCACCACUGUUGACCCUACAAGUAAAAGCACCGCUGUUAACCCUACAAGUAAAAGCACCACUGCUGACCCCGCAAGUAAAAGCACCACUGCUGACCCCGCAAGUAAAAGCACCGCUGUUGACCCUACAAGUAAAAGCACCACUGCUGACCCCGCAAGUAAAAGCACCACUGUUGACCCUACAAGCAAAAGCACGGCUCCCAACUACACAGCUAAGAGUACAACAUAUCCAACUGCCAAUCCACAAAUAAAUGGCCCAGUUAGCACUGGAGUUAUCACCGUUAUUGCUUUAGUAGUUGCUAUUUCGCUAGUUACUGUUGGAGGUGUGGCGUAUAGAUAUUAUAAACGAGGACAUCAAUCCGUUAAUGUUGCUAGCAAGAAAUCUGUACCGCCUUCACAACCUUCAUCGAAAGUACCCGUCGACAUCGUUUAUGCUCCAGAAGUCAAAAAAGGAGCAGUCCCAAAAGGGACUUCUAUUUAA